CUAUCUUUUAUUAUUAGUAGUUUUUAGUGUUCCUGGUGUUUCGAGUUUUAUUAGUUUAGAUUAGGAGAUUAGGUUAAAUAGUGUUUGUAGAUAUUUUAUUAUUAUUGUUUUGUUUGGACUUUUAUUAGUUUAAGUUAUAAUGGAAAAAGAAAUUAAAAGAUGUGCCAAUUUUACUAGUCGUGAAAAAGAUAUUUUAUUAUCUUUAGUACAAAAAUAUUUUAAAUGUUUAGAAAACAAAAAAAACAAUGCGGUAUUUAACAAACAGAAGCAGGAGUGCUGGGAAAAGCUGGCCUGGGAGUUUAACUCAAGCCAAACGAGUGGUUUCAGGACAGGGAUGCAAUUAAAAAGUCUGUACGAGCAAAUGAAGAAGCUUGCUAAACAGCAUAAGUCAGAUGAAAAGCUUGAAGUUUUUAAAACUGGAGGAGGCAAUUACACCUCAAAAGUAACUAGUCAAGAUGAAAAAGUGUUAAGUAUGUUAGAAGAAAAUUUUUUCACUAUUCCGAACAAUUUUGAUUCGAACGCUGCAGAAAAUGUAGCUGGACCAAGCCGUAUUCAACCAAUGAUGGUGGAUAUUGAAGAUACAAACGAGAAUAUUAUGGUAAUUUACGAGGAGGAUGAAGAGGAAGCAUUUUUAGAAAAUGAAAUAAAUUUAAAAAGAACGGAACAUAAAAAGGAGAUUAAAGGAACUGAUCAAACGGAAACCAUUGAAGAGGAACCAGUACCCAAAAAACAGAAACUUGAUGAUGCAAAAACACCACAAAAAUAUAAAAAAUCAAUGCCAAGUUUGAUAAAAAAUAGAUUAGAAAUUAGUGAAAAAAAAUUAAAUAUCCUGAAAAUUAUGGAGGAAACAGAAAAAGAAAAUUUAAGAGGAAAAAAAAUUGAUAAUGAAAUUAAAGAAAUAAUAAAAGAAAGAGAAUUAUUAGAAUUAAAAAUUAAAAAAAUAAAAUUUAAUGAACUUAAUGCAUAAAAUUC